GAGCCGCGUGCCGGCGGGCGGGAGCGCGCGGGCCUCGCCUCGCGGCCGGGCGGUAAGCGGAGCGUGCCGAGGUGGACGCUUCCGGGGGAGGCGCGCCCGCCGAGCCGUAGGCGGGGCGGACUCUUCCGGCGGUGAGGAUGGCGGCGGAGAACCACUGCGAUUUCCCGGUCGCCCCGAUCGGCGGCCUCGGCCCGGGCGGGCCCUGCCGCCGAUGCAGCUCGGCGCCGCCCCCCGGCGCCGUGCCCGGCAAGUGGGUGCGGCUGAACGUGGGGGGCACCUGCUUCCUGACCACCCGGCAGACGCUCUGUAGGGACCCCAAGUCCUUCCUCUUCCGUCUCUGCCAGGCCGACCCCGACCUGGACUCGGACAAGGAUGAAACAGGUGCCUAUUUAAUAGACAGAGACCCCACCUACUUUGGGCCAGUGCUGAACUAUCUCAGACAUGGGAAGCUGGUUAUUAACAAGGACCUAGCUGAGGAAGGUGUACUGGAAGAGGCUGAAUUCUACAAUAUCACAUCACUAAUAAAACUGGUAAAGGACAAAAUAAGAGAAAGAGACAGCAAAAUCUCACAGGUGCCAGUCAAACACGUGUACAGGGUGCUGCAGUGCCAGGAAGAGGAACUCACUCAAAUGGUCUCCACAAUGUCUGAUGGUUGGAAAUUUGAACAGCUUGUCAGUAUAGGUUCCCAGUAUGGCUGUGGCCGGGCCCAGCAGUCAGAGUAUCUGCUGAUAGUGUCACGGGAAGUGAAAGGGGAAGAGAGAUGCUUCCAGAAAUGCUGCAGUGAGCUGGUCAGUAUCGGUUCUUCCUAUAACUAUGGCAAUGAAGAUCAGGCUGAAUUUCUGUGUGUUGUCUCAAAGGAAUUGCAUAACACUCCCUAUGGCACAACCAGCGAACCCAGUGAAAAAGCAAAGAUUUUGCAAGAACGAGGAUCCAGGAUGUGAAGGCAGUAUUGAAGGGUGAAGUUUUUUCUUGUUUAUUCCAAGAUGCAGUGAGUUGUCACAUUGAAGAGUCUUGGCUGCAAAAGACAAAAAAUCUGAUUUAGACAAUUUUCUGUUGACCUGGGUUCAACCAUUUUUGCCUAUAAGCUGGUGUCAACUGGCUUAAUGCAUUGUAAGAUUACUUAAUGGGAAUAGAUGGUGUGGGAGUGUGUUUUAAGUUUUGGUUGUAGUGCAUGGUUGUACUCUCUUAUGGGCUAUCCAACACUGGCCAUCUGAAAAGAAAUAACCACGCACUCAUAUUUUCCUCUGAGACAUGUAGCACUUAAUGCUUGGUGCUGGAUGACCCAAUGUUGAUCAGUUAGCAGAAAUUUUCCUACUAAUAAUUAUAAACAUUUAAAAGACAAUGCAAUUGGUGCUACACACACACACACACACACACGUUACAGCCCACAAACGCAAAUAUUUGGGCCUAUAUUGUUUCAGAAUCAGUGACAGCAUCAGUGACAGCCCCAGCUGACUGUCUCACACUGCACAUUCCUUAUGGCACUGCAACAUAUUCUAUUAGGUAAGAACAGCCUAGGAGAUCAACUGAAACUAGCACGUAAAAAGUUAUACAACAAAGGUUUUCUUUAAAGGAAGGUUUGUAUAUAUUGACUGGGUUUAUAGCGUACGUUAAUACCCAAAGGGAAGACUAUACUCAGAGAAAAUGGCCUUCGUCUGAGUCAUUCUUGAUGUUCCUUCUGACAAAACAGUCUCCUCCUGUAAAGGUCACGCUCCAGUCUUAGACAGAUGUUUGGAAGGGGAAUCGAAAUUCACUUAAGAUGAACAACAGAAAAUUUUGUUUCUUUUGAGAUGUUAGUAUUCAUAUCUGUGCUUGUACUUCUAAGAUUCCUGUAAGUAUUGGUAACAGUGGAUUAUGGUGGAGAUUUUUCAAGAGCUGAGGUUAUAGAAAUUGGGCUGGCUGGUCCUUGAUCACUGUCUCUGUGACUGGGAUAGAAAUCAACGUUGAGCAUGAACACGAGCUUGUGCAAUUGAAACUUCUUGAAAUAUUGAAAAAACAGACAUUCAAGAUAACCAUAAUCAGUCUUUCUGUACUGUUGCAACUAUGCAGUUAAAGAACACUUUGAAAACAUCUGGUUCAGCUUGAUUGAUUUGUGUCCUGGAGGAAGGCUAAUACACAAGACUGGAGCUUUUUAGUACACUAUGUUUUGAGAAAAAUCUUUCACGUCUUCAAAACACUUAAUGAUAUUGACAGUAUAAAACCCAGCUACAUUGACACAUGUAGCUGAAAGCAGUGGAAGGAAGUUUCAAAAAGUUACAAAAUUGUUUUGAAUUCUAAAGACAUUUGUUUUAAUUCUCAGUAUCUUCAGGAUUUAUGCGUAUACUCUAGGUAAUCCUUUACAUGAAUGCCUGAUUAUCAAGCACCUAAGGCCUACCCUUUUUUUCUAAAAAAAAAAAAAAAAGAAGAAAAAAAAGAAAACAAAAACAACCAAAAAAGACUUACUAUACAUUGAUAAAAGUUUGGCAGAAUUUGUAAAAAAACAAACAAACAAAAAAACAUUUCUACUAAGCUGGUUAAACAGUGAGCUAAACGUUUUGUUCAUGCAUCUAAUGCUUGAAAGGGUUUGUAAUGCAUUUUGCCACUUGGACGUGGUCUGCACUGAAAGCUGCUGGCCCCUCCACAACAAUACACACAAUGUUUGUCUUUUUUAAAGAUGUUCAAAAUGAAUUGAAUUUGCUAAACAUGUAAUUGUGUAGGGGAAAAUGUUUAUACUUUUAUACUUUUUUAGGCACCCAUAUUUUAUCAGCUUAAAUUUAGCACCCAAGGUUCCCCUAAAUAGUAACAGAUUAUCUUGUGUAUCUGAAAAUAAGCCUAACUAUUGUCUGUGUUAUCUACAUAUUAAAGCAUUUCCUCCGCUGCA